CACAACAACAAUGAAGAACAAAAAAAACCUACAUGUUUUCUAUAGUCAACAGCAAAAAAAGUCAGUGUCAUUUUUAAAACAUGCACUUGCACACAUCAGCAGUUGCUAUGGUAUAAAAAGGAUUCUUUAGUUAAUACUGAUCAUUACCGAACUUCCACGGGACUACGGGACUAUUCAAUUCACGAUGGUUAAGGUAACAAAUUUACUUUAUUUAGCUUGUAUUUUGCAGAUUAGAUUAAAUGUUUAAAACAUACAUGUAGCCAUUAUCGUUUUUACUUUUUAAAUUAAGCUAUUUUGUAAUUAAAUGAGAAAUAUACAAAUAAUGUAUUUUACCAGAAUGACUGAAAUAAAAUAUUCCUAACAAAUUCAUUUAACUUUUGUAGAAUUAAACAUAAAAAGUUGUUUGAUUAUAUUGUUUGAAGUUAUUUCUCAAUACAGGGACAGAUAAAGACAGUGAUAAAAUAGAAAAAAGGCAGACCAGCCAAGAGAGACUGAUAGUUGGAAAAGAUAGAUCCAUAAAAUAGUGACAGUUUAUUAGAUAGAUCCAUAAAGAACAUGAAACAAAGACUAUCAGACAGUUACUCACUAAAGUGAUAAUUUGAAAUAAAUUCAAUUAGAAUUUCAAAUUUGAGCCCUAAGUAGUCAAUUUAGAAGCAUAGCAAACCACAAAAAUAUUUCCAAUUCAGCUUUAAACUUAAAAAUUACUUAAAAUUCACAACAAAUUCUCACUUUAGUGAAUAAUACUGAGGGUUAUGAAAGUGAAAAUCCAGAGUGAAUUUAAAGUGAAUUCUCAAAUUUAGGGCCAGAGUUUCAGAAGUGAAAGCAUAGCUGGCCUAGAGAAUUUUUCGAAUAACUAUUUUUACCUUAAAUUUGAAACUGACUUUGAAUUUUCUUUGAAUUCUCAUUUUAGGGAAAUAAUCCUGUAAGAGAUAAAUAUUCGAUGAAAUAUCAUACUGAUACCAAACAGAUUAUUUCUGAGAUUUUAAAAAUAGUAUAGUUAAAAACAUAUACCAGUGAGGGCACCACUAUCACAAAUGUGCAAAUAUAAUUACCAUUCAGAUUGUUGAAUAUGGCAUGUAAUAGAAACAUAAGAGAAAAUAUACAUAGUGAAGUAUUUAAUGACAUAAGGAAAACAUAAAAACAAUGGAUGCACUCACAAAAUAAGUGGCACAAAGAAAUGUAUCUGUUUGUGUAAAGAGCUUGUCAGCCACCAAAGGGCUAAGUCCCCAUACAGUUGAUAUCAGCUGUUGGUACCUCAGGAUGUCAGUCACUCAUUGUAUUCACCAGUCUUCAAACAUAUGUGAACGAAGCUGAAUGUUUUCCUGUAGGUCUGAUAGGUAUUGGCUUUUAGGCUUUAGUCCUUGGGGAUACUCCAAACUGCUCACUGCUCAACGCAUUUCGUCUGGCAACUUUAUCAAGAGCUGUGUAUACUCCUCCGUCCUGGCAGUUUAAAUACAGUGGAUUGCGCAGCUCUCUAUAGCACGUGUGUGCGCAGAAUGGGGGGAAAAAAUUACACCGAAUGUCAUUGUGCCACUUAUUUUGUGAGUGUAUCCAUUGUUUUUAUUUUUUCCUUUUGUCAUUAAAUACUUCACUAUGUAUAUUUUCUCUUAUAUUUCGUUUACAUGCCAUAUUCAACAAUCUGAAUGGUAAAUUAUAUUUGCACAUUUGUGAUAGUGGCGCCCUCACUAGUAUAUGUUUUUGAUUAUACUAUUUUUGGAUCUUGUGAUUUUGGCAUGUGGGAGUGAUCCCGUAUUUAGAGGGGCUAGCCUGCACUGUGUAACUGCACCUUUUCCCACUUACUGUCCCCCUGUUUCUAUUUCUGAGAUUUUGACUUGCACAAUUGAUACUAGAGUUUAGCAGGUCAUGUGUUUUACACCCUUUGCAUAAAGGUUAAUAGCAUAGAAAAGAAAUAUGUUUGACAUGCAUGCCUAUUCUCUAUCUGAAAAUCAGAAAAUGUACUCUAAUUUAUUCUUUUGAAGAACUUAAAUGUUUACAAUAUAUUCUAUUUAGAUCAUCUUCUACGAGGAACCAAACUUUCAGGGUCGCUCCUACGAAUGCAAUGCUGAUAGUCCGGACAUCUCCACAUACCUGAAGCGCUGCAAUUCCAUCAAAGUAGAAAAUGGUAACUGGGUUCUGUAUGAACAACCCAAUUACAGAGGACACCAGUACUUCCUAAGGAGAGGAGAAUAUCCCAAUUUCCAGCAAUGGAUGGGAUUUGAUGACACUGUCAGGUCCUGUCGACUUACUCCACAGGUACUCAUUUUACAAAAAACAUAGUUGUUAAAUAACUCUUGUAAUUUCCUGUUGAUUCAGUUAACCAAUAAUUAAGUCUUAUUUUAUUUUAUUAUUUUCAUUACUAUCUUCUUUUACCAGAUUAUAAUUGCUGCAGUUAGCUUAUACAAAUACCAGUUUUUAAUUAUUGCACAUAUUUUAUUGCAUUUCAGAAUUUUGCCACUAAUAUGAUAUUUUAUUUAAUCCUAGCACCGUGGUCCAUUCCAGUUGAAGAUCUAUGAAAGGGAAGAUUUCCGAGGUCAGAUGAUGGAGUUUACUGAAGAUUGUCCAAAUGUAUAUGAGCAGUUCCGUUACCAUGAUAUCCACUCCUGCCAUGUACUUGAUGGUCACUGGAUGUUUUACGAGGAGCCCAACUACAGGGGGCGCCAGUAUUACCUUAGACCUGGAGAGUAUAGGAGAUAUACUGACUGGGGUGCCAUGAACUCUAGGGUGGGUUCAUUCAGAAGAGUUCAGUAUUAAGUCAACAUUGUGAGUUAAUGCUUACAUUUAUGAUGAAAUACAAUAAAACUGUCAUUACAAUCCCACGUCAAUGUUUUAUUCUUUUAUCUCAAGAACAUUUUAAAAAUUAAAAACUACACAGUAAAUAAUACUUGAAUAUUUUAAGUUUACC